UUUCCAAACGCUGUACGGGAGCCGGCAGUGCUGGUAGGGAGAGAAGGGGGGCAAGGGGCCACUUCCGGUCUCUGCACGCUGGGGGGAAGCAGCACUUCCGGUUUCCGUACGGGCGCAGGAGGGGGAGGUGGCCCGGGGCCCCGCGGCUUCCCCAGGGAUCUCAGUGCCCAGAAACACGGCGGCCCCGGGGUGGAAACGUGUUGCGGCUCCUUAAAAUACUAAAAAGAAGAGAUAGUGAAAAAUGCCUAAAAAGAAGACUGGUGCUCGUAAGAAAGCUGAAAACCGUCGUGAACGUGAAAAGCAGAUAAGGGCUUCCAGAGCCAACAUAGAUUUAGCCAAACAUCCUUGUAAUGCUUCAAUGGAAUGUGAUAAAUGCCAAAGACGACAGAAGAAUAGAGCUUUUUGCUACUUCUGUAACUCUGUUCAGAAAUUACCCAUUUGUGCACAGUGUGGAAAAACCAAAUGCAUGAUGAAGUCUUCAGACUGUGUUAUAAAACAUGCUGGUGUGUACAGUACUGGACUAGCAAUGGUGGGUGCAAUCUGUGAUUUCUGUGAAGCUUGGGUGUGUCAUGGGAGGAAGUGUCUCAGCACACAUGCGUGUAUCUGCCCUCUUGCAGAUGCAGAAUGUAUUGAGUGUGAAAGAGGUGUCUGGGACCACGGAGGCAGAAUAUUUGCCUGCUCUUUUUGCCACAAUUUCCUCUGUGAAGAUGAUCAGUUUGAACAUCAAGCCAGCUGCCAAGUUCUGGAAGCAGAGACAUUUAAAUGUGUUUCCUGUAACAGGCUUGGGCAGCAUUCAUGCCUGCGUUGUAAGGCUUGUUUUUGUGACGAUCAUGUGCGAAGUAAAGUUUUCAAGCAGGAAAAAGGAAAAGAGCCUCCCUGUCCUAAAUGCGGCCAUGAAACUCAGCAGACAAAGGAUCUGAGCAUGUCAACACGCUCUUUGAAGUUUGGCCGACAGACUGGAGGUGAAGAUGCAGAUGGAGCUUCUGGUUAUGAUGCCUACUGGAAGAACCUUUCCUCCAGCAAGGCUGGAGAUGCAGUUGACCGUGAGGAUGAAUAUGAUGAAUAUGAAGCAGAAGAUGAUGAUGAAGACGACAAUGAUGAGGGAGGGAAGGAUUCUGGUACUGAGACUACAGAUGUAUUCAGCAAUUUGAAUUUGGGAAGGACCUAUGCUAGCGGGUAUGCACAUUAUGAGGAACCGGAAGAUUAAGCUUAGUAUGCUGGUAAGCUAAAAAUACCAGGAAGGAGCCAAGCAGUGCUUCACUUGAGUUGUGUACAUGCCAGCAAGAUAGCUCUGUCAGAUACUUGCAUAUCAAAGUUAGAUUAAAGAGCAUGGGACUUCCGCAGUAACUCCAAGUGAGGUGGUGUUUUUUUUGAUAUAAACCAUUAUCGGGCUUGGUACUGGAGAAGACAGGACUAGUUUUAUUCCCCUGAGCAACAGAAACAGUUUUGUCCUUGAGUUCCUGAGUAUAAUGGUUCAGCACAGUUUUCCUUAUCAAUACAGGGAUGUUGGGGGGCUGUACAACUGUUUGUAUUUGCUCAUCAGAAAUUAAUUUAUUUUUUACAAUAAUUUUGUUAACUGAUUUCACAGAAUUAAUGUAGUGGUGGGUUGGUGACUGCAUUUUUUUUUUUUUUUUUUGCUCUGUGCAAUAAAAUCAACUGCAUUCUGUAUGAAAUUGUCAUAAAUAUUGAUCUCCCUUGAACAGUUGGAAAGCAGCUUGUAUACAAAGUGUAAAUUGACACUAAAAUAACUUCCUUGUUUAUGUAGGCAAGGCAGAUCAAUGUAGCUCUCUAUGUACUUGAAUGUUACCUUUCCAGCAUUUUUAGUACACGACAUUAAUCAAUGGGGCUAUAUGCAGUCAUUACAAAUGCACCCCAGAUAAUAAAAUUUAUUGCAAUAAAAAUGUUGGCCUAUCCUCUCUGCCACUAAAAUUUAUAAGACAAUUUCUGAUUAGAUGAAACAGAGACUGGUUUCUUUGGCACCUAACCUUCAACUCUUUCCUUGCACAUAAUGCCAGAAAAAAAUGUCAUAGGAAACAACUCUUGUAUGUUAAUUGAUAAACAUGGGCCUGGAUCAAAAUACUGGGUUGUGAUACGGUUCUGUGCAGAUGUACUGACUGUUUGCAGCACAUCUAAGCGGAGGAGGUGGCACUUGCAGAUGUGUUUGCAGUGAUUGCAAUUUGAAAGUCAACAUGCUAAUUACCACUCUACACAUCUAAGUGAUAGUAUUUAUUCUCCUGUAGGGGUAUGUUGAGAGCAUAGCUGCAGACGGAUCAAGAUACAAGCGCAGCCACCUAAAAUGUCACUCUAGCUUUCUAAACACCAUGCUUAAAUGCGAGAGAGCUAUUUCUUAUCUGUCAGCUAUAUGAACUGAUUAUAGAAUUACCUACUUUUGUGUUGCUUUUUCUGCUGCUUAACAGCUAAAGGUCAUAUGUUGGCAGAGCAUACCCAUUUGAGAACAUUUUUUAACGAUGUUAGGGUUGCCAGAUGAGCAUUUCAUACCAAAACAGGGCUGAGAAACCUGGCCUUGAUACUUCCCUCCUAAAUGCCUCUCACAGUGAAUGCUAUAAAAGACAUGGGCUGGAAUGCGUCCAAGACAAAAACAAACUGACAAAGAGCACAACUUGGUUAUGGCAGCUGAAGGAGGACGCUGUACUGGAGAGAGAGGGACACGACCUGAUCAGUGCAUAUCAAGUGCUUGCCUCGAGAACUGGAAAGGAAACCAGCUAGUGCACUGUCCAAAACCCAAAUCCCCUUCAAAAAUUAAAACUCUAGGGCCAUCCAGUUUCAUGUGCUAGUAAGGACCUGCCCAUCUUUAUGUACCUGAUAGUUGUCUUGAUUAGUCUUUUGCAUAAUCAGUCUCAAAGUGAGGGAAGCAGGAUACCUGCCAGUUUGCCAGCUAUUACUUAUUUGUGAUAUUGGCACAUUUAAUAAAGUUUCUGCCCAACUUCACAUGGCCAAAAAACUUGCAGAGUUGAGUCCCUCUGUGGCUGGUCAAUUCCUGCGACAACGCCAGAUUUUUUUAUCUUAGCUGUUGUUUCAAAUGCAAAACAAUUAUACAUCUGUACAAAGUCUUAUAUAGGACUAAGGAAAAUAUGUGUGUUUCUGCAUAUACAUAAAAUUAUAGCUGCAUGUGUGUCAUUUAUUAAUGUUACUUAACCACACAAGAUUCUCCUUUAAGGCUCUUGGAUUUAAGUUUUCCGUGUAUGAAAUCUGCUGCUGUCAGUGGCUGUGCCAAAGGCUGCUGACGUAACAGAAUUAAUCACCAUAAUCAGAGUAAAGAAUUAUUCAUUUUCUCAUUGAAAUGUCCUUGCACUGAUCCCUGCAAGAUCUAAUGCGUAUUCCUAUUACACUGCUGUAAGAGGAGACCACAGCACUGCCUACAACAGAUGCCGGGGACCCCUGCUGUAAUUUAGUAAGGUCACCACUCAAUGGAUGGACACAUUUAUUUGCUUUUUCUUUGUACUGCUUUUCAUGUCACUGAAAACGCCUGUGCUAUGAACCUGUCUGGAAACAGGGCUCCUGGUAGUAAACCUGCAGUGGUUGGCCUUCAGGGGGUCAAAACGAGCAGGUUUAAGCCGCUUUAAAAUAAUCCGGUGGAUUCAACCCAGGAGAGACAAACAUGACCACAUUUUCCACUAAUGGAGUUGGUCAAUUUGUGAUAAAGCAGACAGGAUACAAUGCUACAGAUUGCACUUUCUCAUCUCUCUCUGCUUAUUUAGUAGAGUUAAAAGCAUGUGGUCUGUUGGGGAUAGGUCCUCAGAGCUUGCUUUCACAGAAAGUGCAUAAUUUCGGUUGAUUUAAGGUAAAUUACAGAAACAGUAAGAAAUACGGAAAGAACACAUAUCCUGGCUUUAUUUAAAAAUAGGUCUAGGACAAGCUUCCAGUCCUAUUGGCUCCUUUUGUCUUCAGCGCUCUUAGUCUACUUUGAAUUGUCUUGGAGGAACAUUAGUAGGGCACAGAGAGGGCUGUAUGCCAUCUCUGCACCUGAGCUGUAUGUUAGUGCUCCAUUUACUUAUUUUUCUGAAUUCAGCAGCCAAUUUCGCUCUUGCUAAAUCUGAAAGUGAGGAUGCUGUGGAUACUGAUGACGUAUGUUUAAUAAAUCACAGGAUCUCAAGCUAGUUCAGGCACUGUCACAAUCCAACAGGUAAUUUCAGGUGACUGCUGAGCUGCUUCUGUCAAAGAGAGAUGAUUUUUCAGGGCACUGAAGUCCCCAGACUUAGCACCUGGGCACACAUAUACUCCCAUAACUCCAUGGUUUUAAGACUGCACUACUGCUGAGUGGGCUUCCUGGUAAAUAAAUAAAUAUAGCUAAUAAUUCUGUGAUAAUACAUUGAUUUUUUUUUUAAAAAUACUGUCCCUGAUUAAAGGAAAUUAUAAGCUGAGAGAAGGGCAUUUUUAAAAUGUAAUUAGGAAUACUCAGGAGUUAUAUGUAGAGCUCCAGAAAACAAAGAUCUUGUAAAGUCUUACUUUAGUUUUUUUCAUCCACCACAAUGACCAUUUAAGCAAAGCUUAAGUAGAAUUUGAAUCAAAAUCAUGGUGAUAUUUAAUGUGCCUGUAGACCCUAAAAAUAAAAGUGCUCUGGCCACCUCUGUGAGCUCU